AUGACGGAGGAAACCGAAGUUAUAAAGCAAGAUACUACAAAGCCGGAAGAAGAAAAUGAAGAUGUGAAAUCGCCGUUGGACGAAGUGAGAGAAAUUCGGAAAGAAGCGGAAUUAGUAAGUUAAACUGUAUGCUUGACAUGAGUUUUUUUUUCAUUCAGACACAAACAGGAUCCGAUUCGACAAACACUGUCGAUCCGGAAUUCAUCACAGUUCAAGAUCCGAGUGGAGAUGAUCCGAUAGAACUCCCGACGGUGGACGGCUCCGUUCUGAUGAGCACAUUACAAUCUUCGUUCCCUGGAUCCACCGGUCUCAAGUACAAGAACCCGAAAACCGGUGCUAACCGUGUUGUUCAGUUCGUUUGUCUCAGUGAAUCAUUUGUAACUGUGACGUUUUCAGAGUAGAUCCUUCCGGACUCAAGCUUCUUGCGCCUUCUGACGGGUGGGACAAUAAGACCUUUCACGUGAUUCUUCCCCGUGAGUAAACUUCAUUGUAUCUAGUAAUUCUCGGUCUUCUCUCUUGCUUCACUCGGUUUUUGAGAAAUGUGUGGUUGAGGACAGAUGUUCUGUGUGCCACAAGAGUGAUAAGUGUGAUUUAGAGAGCGAGAGAGUCAGAGCGUUGUCGUCAGCUGACGCGACAAGUGCGAAGAGACGUAAAGUGGGAUCUGACGACGAUUCGGAUUCGGAUGACGGUCGAGACGGACGGUACGGAAGGAAGAGAGCGGUUGAGAGAGAAAGCCAGCCAGUUGAUCUCAUCGUACUUGGUGUCGACUUCAAAACGAGCGACGAGAGCUUCAAAAAUUACUUCGAAGAAAUAGGCACUGUUGUGUUCUGUGAGGUUCGUGAGACUAAAAGAAUGGAGAGACUGUGACUGGAGAGAGACUGCACAGCAGCUGCAAGUUACUUCUCUCUGUUCUUCGAAGCUCCUCGGGUUUGAAUACGUUCAGACGUGGCCGUUUCAGAUAAAACGAAAGUCGGAUGGAGCAUCGAAAGGAUUCGGAUUCGUUCGAAUGGCUACCAUCGGUGAGCAGAACAAUGUUCUCGCCAUACCGCAGCAUAUGAUAGACGGUCGGAGGUGUGAUGUGAAAGUGCCGGACGGAAGAGUGAGUGCCUGAUUAUCAGAAACCGUCAAAAACGGGCCGAACAGAACUUUCAGGACAAGCAAGGAAGACCUUCGAUCAGCCGUAUCUUUGUCGGCCGUCUCACAGACAAAGUGGACGAACACAUUCUGAAGAAGGUGUUCGGAGACGAAGCGAAAGGAUACGUGGAGACUGCUGUCGUCACUGACGUCUUCAUUCCGAAGCCAUUCCGAGGAUUCGCCUUCGUAACUUUGUCCAGUGCAGAAGCUGCCGAAAGAAUCGUGAAGUGAGCUGUCGAAUGAGUAAAACUAACAAAUAAAAGUUUCAGCAAGGGAUCUCUGACAGUCAACGGAUUGUCAGUAGGUUUGAGCAUUGCUCAACCGCGUGAAGAGAAUUCGCCGGCGGGAUCAGAUUAUGGACUGCCGGCAGGAUACAGAAAUCGCCGAGAUCGGCCUGACAGAAGACCAGUGGUAAUAUGAACUCUCACGUUUUCGUUUGCUCAUUCGUUCUAAAGGAUUUUCAGGCCGAGCAUAUAAUGCCGUUUGUCCGCCAGGAGUACGCCUACCGUCCUCAUCCAGCGUCGUCUCCACUCGACCGACGGUACUGGUCUCCGGAUCCACGUUCUUCGUGGUGA